AUGUUCCUGGAAGGAUACAAACGCAACUGGAUCCAUACUGAGGGCUACUCCUUUGAGGACAGAAUGAUAGACGACUUGUCUGUAAGCUCCAACGCCUCAUGUUUGACUAACCUUUUGAGGAUUUCAGGAUCUGCGAGUUUCCUCCUAUAGUUUCACUCCCACAUCUCUUUCUCAUUCCCAGAAAGCCAUGGAGCAGGAAGGAGAAGAGGAGGAAGAGACGGAGACCAAGCCAGACCCCCUUCACCAGCUCAUUUUGCAUUUCAGCCGUACCGCUCUCACAGAAAAGAGGUGGGACUCUCCUUCUCUCCCUCAAGCAUGUUAGUUGAGCAGCUUUUGGAUUGAAUUCAACACUAAUUCACAUCUCCACCUAUUGACAUGUUGCCUAAGCUUCUGUUUGUUCUCAUCGUUACAGUAAACUUGAUACAGAUUAUCUAUAUAUGGCAUAUGCUGAUAUUAUGGCAGAGGUGAGUUUUAUGAUGUAACAUUUUAGCAUGUUAUGAUUAUUUGUAUAUUAAUGUGUUUACAGUAUAUAAUGUUUUUUUUCCCCUUGUGUGUGUGUGUUGUAGAGCUGCCACAUUGGUGAGGAGGACGAAGGGGGAGAGGAGGUGGAGGAAGGGGCUGAGGAUGAGAUGUCCUUUGAGGUGCGACAGACAGAACUGGUAUGGGGCGGCCAGGGGCAGGGGACUGGGGAGACACUGGAGCGGUAGCUCUCAACGCAUCAAGUGACCACAUCAUCCACUGCAGAUCAGCCUGCACCCACAUCUCUCUCUUCUCUCGCUCUUCUCUCUCUCUGUCUCCUCUCUUCUCUCUUCUCUUUCUCUCUUCUCUGUCUCCUCUCUUCUCUUUCUCUCUUCUCUCGCUCUCUCUCUCUUCUCUCUUCCUCUCUCUCUCUCUCCUCUCUUCUCUUUCUCUCUUCUCUCUCUCUUUCUCCUCUCUUCUCUCCUUUUUCUCUCUCUUCUUUCCUUUCUCUCUCUAUCUCUUCUCUCUCUUCUCUCUCACUUCUCUCUCUCUUCUCUCUCUCUCUCCUCUCUCAUCACUCUUUUGUCUCUUCUAUCUGUUCCUUUAUAUGCGUGUUGCUUCCUCCUAAAUGUUAUCUGUCUGUCACUUUUCCUCCUUAUUUGUGUUUUGCUUCACUCCAAAUGUUUCUGGAUUUUACCUGGCUGUUGUGGUUAACAUUGUGGUUAACAUUCUGUAGAUGUUGCAUGACUCACAAAGUGAUUAGAGAAAACUACUUAUCUAGACCAUACAAAAUCAUGUGGACCAUCCUAAAGCAUUGACCUAUCUGCUAAGCACAAAGUUCCACUGAUGAGUAUUCCUUCAAUUUGGCAGGCAGAAUGUGUUUACAUGGGUCAAAUACUGUUGUCAAUAUAUAAUGGCUCCUCCAUUAUUUUGGACAGAAAUACAUCUAAUAUUUUCCAUAGUUUGUAUAUACACUAAGCAUACAAAACAUUAGGAACACCUUCCUAAUAUUGAGUUGCACACCCUUUUGCCCUCAGAACAGCCUCAAUUCAUCAGUGCAUGGACUCUACAAGGAGUCAAAAGCAUUCUACAGGGAUGCUGGCCCAUGUUCACUCCAAUGCUUCCCACAGUUGUUAAGUUGGCUGGAUGUCCUUUGGGUGGUGGACCAUUCUUGAUACACACGAGAAACUGUUGAGCGUGAACAUCCCAGCAGUGUUGCAGUUCUUUACACAUUCAAACCGGUGCGCCUGGCACCUACUAACAUACCCCGUUCAAAGGCACUUCAAUCUUUUGUCUUGCCCAUUCACCCUCUGAAUGGUACACAUACACAAUCCAUGUCUCAAUUGUCUCAAGGCUUAAAAAUCCUUCUUUAACCUGUCUCCUCCCCUUCAUCUACACUGAUUGAAGUGGAUUUAACAGUGACAUCGAUAAGGGAUCAUAGCUUUCACCUGGAUUCACCUGGUCAGUCUAUGUCAUGGAAAGGUGGAACACUCAGUGUAUAUACCGGUAUAUUUUCCAUAUGUAUAUAAGUGGUAUAUUUGGACGAAUAGAAAUUACUCCUGCGUCUGUAAAUUGUUACCUUUAGAGUGGAGGAGGCCAUUAGUCAUUGUCCCAAGUCUAGCCUAUCACUGCCAGCUCUCAUACCCCUUGCUUACUGUAUGGUCUUUCAUGUAGAUCCAGAUGGAAUCUCUUAACAGAACUGAUCCUGUUUGUUUCUCAGACUGUAACCAACCACAGACCCCCCCCCCCCCUCCGUCUGUGUCAGUUCCAUGUUUUCUUUCUACUCUCCCACUAACUCUGGCGUAACACGUUCAUCUCUGUUAACUGAAUGUUACUAAUCAAUGUUGUUCCCUUCCAUACUUACUUAGCGUAUUGACCAAUAGACUACAGUGAAAGCCAGUCUACACUCCCAGACACCUAGACUGACGCAUACAGUAAGAAUAUGUGUACGAAGAGUUACAACAACAAGACAUUUUACUGAUAGACAUACUAUAUACUACACCUGAUGCAGGGCUUAUCCAAACACCCCUCUUGUUUCCAUUGGAUUGGAAACUCUCCGUAAGUAAUGUCAAGUACAUCUGCACUACACUUACUGGGUAGACCAUGGUCAGGCAUACGUGGGUGGGUGGGUGGUGCUUUGGGUGGGUGUGGGUGGGUUAGGAGGGUGGGAUGCUGUGGGCGGGGGAACUGAUAUAAUCUGUGUUUGUAUUACCUUUGUUUUAAUUAAAUCUUGGUUACUUUUUAUACUUAAUUGCAUUACAUUGCACUUGUGAAAAUGUUGCAAGCUUACACUAUAAAUGUGGUUCUGUGACAGAUGUUUGGGCUUUUCUUUGAGCAGAACUGCUCCACUCUGAGGGCUGUGUAAAGGUCAACAUGUGAUAUAAUAAGACACCAAGGGAGACACUGGUUAUUCAAUAGAUCCUGUAUGGUUCUUUGCAAUGGCUAGCACUGCAGCAUGCAAGGCCAUCAGGGCUGUUUGCUGUAGUCUUAACGUUUGCUCCAGUCAGCAAACGUGAAGAAGUAGUGUAACGACUCCAUGACUAAUUAACUGGGGAGAGAGAAUGGGUGAGCGAGAGAAACAGAUAGGUGGAAUGGAAGUAAUGAUGUGUGGAAAAACGAGUCAAAAAGCAGAUAAAGCAUGCAGGUUUGAAUGAGUUUUUCCCAUACAAUGAGAAGAAAGGAUAACUAAGAAAUGGAGACGGAGAGUAGAAACUGAGAAUGAGAAACUAUUUCAAUUUUAGAUAUAUACACUACCAGUCAAAAGUUUGGACACACCUACCCAUUCAAGGGUUUUUCUUUAUUUGUACUAUUUUCUACAUUGUAGAAUAAUAGUGAAGACAUCAAAACAAUGAAAUAACACAUAUGGAAUCAUGGAGCACCCAAAAAAGUGUUAAACAAAUCAAAAUAUAUUUUAUAUUUGAGAUUCUUCAAAUAGCCACCCUUUGCCUUGAUGACAGCUUUGCACACUCUUGGCAUUCUCUCAACACUUUAUUGGGUGCUACAUGAUUCCAUAUGUGUUAUUUCAUAGUGUUGAUGUCUUCACAUUUUUUCUACAAUGUAGAAAAUAGUAAACAAUUAAGAAAAACCAUUGAAUGAGUAGGUGUGUCCAAACUUUUGACUGGUAUUGUAUAUGUAGCAUGUAAAACUAUAGGCCCACACUAUUAAAACAAAGUUUAGGGCUGCAAGUCAGUGGAGGUUAGAGAGAAGGUCUAGACAGCUAGGGACUAGGUGUGUGAAUGCAGAGUGACUGCGGGGUGGGAUGUGUGACCAUCAGGACACAGUCACAGCAUCUGUGUUCAUCACAGGAAAAAGAGAUGGAGAAACAGAGACUUCUGUACCAGCAGUCCCGUCUCCACAACCGUGGGGCGGCUGAGAUGGUGCUGCAGAUGAUCAGUGCCUGCAAAGGUACUUCCCCAACCCAUACAGUACACCAGGGAUCCCCAAUUACAUUCAGCCGUGGGCCGAUUUUUCCUUUGAUUGGAUGGUCAGGGGGCCGGAACAUAGUUAUAAAAAAUGUAUUUUAUGCUCAGAAAACUUGGGCGGGGGGGGGGGGGCAAAUAAAAUAGUUUGGCCUGCGGGCCUCCUUUUGAGGAACCCUGCAGUACACCAUGCAUACUCCCUACAGGCUAACCCUACAGGUCAAUCAAUGUCUCUCAGUCACAGUGCAUACAUUUCAAUGAUACCUGCCGUGGUCGACACAUUACAAACACAUUAUUCAUACCUGUCAUCUAGAAUGGUAAAGAGUACUUUUCUCUCCAUCUAGGUGAGACUGGCUCCAUGGUGUCCUCCACCCUUAAACUGGGCAUCUCCAUCCUAAACGGUGGUAACGUUGAGGUUCAACAGGUAAGUGUCCACUCAGUGGGCUGUCCAUCUGACCUGAGGUUAUAGUAGUAAUUGACUGGUCUCACUGUCUGUUUGCAGAAAAUGCUUGAGUACCUGAAGGACAAGAAGGAUGUUGGCUUCUUUUUGAGUGUCCAGGCUCUAAUGCAGACAUGCAGGUUUGUCUUCACCCCUGAAUUACUCAUAAAGGAAAACAACAUAAAUCCUAGUAGGGAGUAGGAAAGCAGUCCUAAUCGAGCGUUUAUGAGUACGUAGAAUGAAAUUAAUGUUAUGUUGGAUUACUAAUAUGUGAAAACCCAAAGAUAUGGUCCUCUGUAGCUCAGCUGGUAGAGCACGGCGCUUGUAACGCCAAGGUAGUGGGUUCGUUCCCCGGGACCACCCAUACACAAAAAAAAUUAUGCACGCAUGACUGUAAGUCGCUUUGGAUAAAAGCGUCUGCUAAAUGGCAUAUUAUUAUUAUUAUUACUAUUAUUAUUAUUAUUAUUAUUAUUAUAUAUAUAUAUACUGUAUAAAUGGAAAAUGGAGCUAACAGCUUAUGAAGUUUGAUUAAAGGUGACCGUAUGUUUUUCAUGGCAGUGUCCUGGACCUGAAUGCCUUUGAGAGACAGAACAAGGCAGAGGGUCUGGGCAUGGUGUCGGAGGAGGGAACAAGUAAGUCUUUAAAGCUCUGACCAUACUGGACACUGGUACAUCAGCUUUGACCCACCUUACACCACCUUUGUAUCCAUGUCCUGCCCAGGCAAUCACACACACAUGUACAGUAUCAGGGCCUAUGGUCACUGAGUGGGAGUUCCCCCACUUCAUUCCUCAUCUUAUGAAUGUUCAGUUGUAGUAACAUCCAUAAACUCUGUUGUCUAAUAAUGAUUGAGUGAUUAAUGUGUUGAUAUGACUAAUUUUUUCAGCGCUGACGCCUUGUCAGUUGGUAAUUUGAAUUUACAGGGUGUCUGUUUAGUACUGUAUUUUGACUUGCUAAUAUUUUGUGUUUACAUUCAAUGUUUAUUUGUAAAAUAUUUUGUAAGUGUAGUAUUAUUUUAAACUAAUUCUUAGUUAGAAUUAUUGACAAUAGAAAUGUGUUAACCACCCCUCCCAACUCCUAAGUGUUCUACUGUUGUCCGUCAACUCACUAGCCCUCUCUUUCCCUACCUUGCCAUCAUUGCGUCCCUCCCUCCCCUAUCCCCUCUUCCCAUUCCCUCCUUUGCUGGUCCUCAGACAUGAAGUCAGAACGGGGUAAAUGAUACCUCUGUCCCUCUGUUUUUCUACCUUUUCUCUUGCUCUCCCUGUUCCCUCUCCGUCUCUUCAUCUUCUUUAGCUCUUUUUAAUUAUCUCGUGUUGUGGAGCCCACCUGUAUUCAAUUUCAGACUCAAGGAGUUUAUGAAAUAACCUUUCAGUCAUGUCAAGUAAUGCCAAUUCCAUUGUUUCUCGGGUAUGUACAGUGAGGGGAAAAAAGUAUUUGAUCCCCUGCUGAUUUUGUACGUUUGCCCACUGACAAAGAAAUUAUCAGUCUGUAAUUUUAAUGGUAGGUUUAUUUGAACAGUGAGAGACAGAAUAACAACAACAAAAUGUUUAAAAUGUUAUAAAUUGAUUUGCAUUUUAAUGAGGGAAAUAAGUAUUUGACCCCUUCUCAAUCAGAAAGAUUUCUGGCUCCCAUGUGUCUUUUAUACAGGUAAUGAGCUGAGAUUAGGAGCACACUCUUAAAGGGAGUGCUCCUAAUCUCAGCUUGUUACCUGUAUAAAAAACACCUGUCCACAGAAGCAAUACAUCAAUCAGAUUCCAAACUCUCCACCAUAGCCAAGACCAAAGAGCUCUCCAAGGAUGUCAGGGAUAAGAUUGUAGACCUACACAAGGCUGGAAUGGGCUACAAGACCAUCGCCAAGCAGCUUGGUGAGAAGGUGAUAACAGUUGGUGCAAUUAUUCGCAAAUGGAAGAAACACAAAAGACCUGUCAAUCUCCCUCGGCCUGGGGCUCCAUGCAAGAUCUCACCUCGUGGAGUUGCAAUGAUCAUGAGAAUGGUGAGGAAUCAGCCCAGAACUACACGGGAGGAUCUUGUCAAUGAUCUGAAGGCAGCUGGGACCAUAGUCACCAAGAAAACAAUUGGUAACACACUACGCCGUGAAGGACUGAAAUCAUGCAGCGCCCGCAAGGUCCCCCUGCUCAAGAAAGCACAUAUACAUGCCCGUCUGAAGUUUGCCAAUGAACAUCUGAAUGAUUCAGAGGAGACCUGGGUGAAAGUUGUGUGGUCAGAUGAGACCAAAAUGGAGCUCUUUGGCAUCAACUCAACUCGCCGUGUUUGGAGGAGGAGGAAUGCUGCCUAUGACCCCAAGAACACUAUCCCCACCAUCAAACACACAAGAAACGUCUGGGAUAGGACAAGGAAUACCUGGGAUAGGAUAAAGUAAUCCUUCUAACCCCCCCCCCCCCAAAUUGUAAAGUGGUUAUCCCACUGGCUAUAGGGUAAACGCACCAAUUUGUGAGUCGCUCUGGCUAAGAGCGUCUGCUAAAUGACGUUAAUGUGCCCCUGAGCAAGGCACUUAACCCUAAUUGCUCCUGUAAGUCGCUCUGGAUAAGAGCGUCUGCUAAAUGACUAAAAUGUCAAAUGUAAAUGUAAUCAAACAUGGAGGUGGAAACAUUAUGCUUUGGGGGUGUUUUUCUGCUAAGGGGACAGGACAACUUCACCGCAUCAAAGGGACGAUGGACGGGGCUAUGUACCGUCAAAUCUUGGGUGAGAACCUCAGCCAGGGCAUUGAAAAAUGGGUCGUGGAUGGGUAUUCCAGCAUGACAAUGACCCAAAACACACGGCCAUGGCAACAAAGGAGUGGCUCAAGAAGAAGCACAUUAAGGUCCUGGAGUGACCUAGCCAGUCUCCAGACCUUAAUCCCAUAGAAAAUCUGUGGAGGGAGCUGAAGGUUCGAGUUGCCAAACGUCAGCCUCGAAACCUUAAUGACUUGGAGAAGAUCUGCAAAGAGGAGUGGGACAAAAUCCCUCCUGAGAUGUGUGCAAACCUGGUGGCCAACUACAAGAAACGUCUGACCUCUGAGAUUGACAACAAGGGUUUUGCCACCAAGUACUAAGUCAUGUUUUGCAGAGGGGUCAAAUACUUAUUUCCCUCAUUAAAAUGCAAAUCAAUUUAUAACAUUUUUGACAUACGUUUUUCUGGAUUUUUGUUGUUGUUAUUCUGUCUCUCACUGUUCAAAUAAACCUACCAUUAAAAUGAUAGACUGAUCAUGUCUUUGGCAGUGGGCAAACGUACAAAAUCAGCAGGGGAUCAAAUACUUUUUUCCCUCACUGUACAUGACUAUGUACUGUAUUCAUAGUAAACCUAUUAAACACUCAGAGUAAUGAGUCCUAGCAACAAACAAUGACUGAAAAGCGUUUUUUCCCCUUGAGUGGCUAACCACAGAUCUACUGAACCUCCGAAGCUCACCACUAUUGUGAUUAUAAGAAUUCCUGAGGACGGAAUUAGCGCAAUAUGUGGAUCUAUCGAUCUCUCAUAUUCAUCCUCAGUGUUUGUAACUCAGGGCCUGUAUCCACAAAGCAUCUCAGAACUGAUCUAGGAUCAGUCCAUAACCAGCAUUCAGAAAGUAUUCAGACCCUUUGACUUUUUCCAAAUUUUGUUACGUUAUGGCCUUAUUCUAAAAUGCAUUAAAUGUUUUUUUCCCCCCUCAUCAAUCUACACACAAUACCCCAUAAUGACAAAGCAAAAACAGGUUUUUAGAAAUGUUUGCAAAUGUAUAAAAAAUAAUAUGAAAUUACAUUUACACAAGUAUUCAGACCCUUUACUCAGUACUUUGUUGAAGCACCUUUGGCAGCGAUUACAGUCCGGGCUCUGGCUGGGCCACUCAAGGACAUUCAGAGAUUUGUCCCGAAGCCACUCCUGCGUUGUCUUGGCUGUGUGCUUAGUGUCGUUGUCCUGUUGGAAGGUGAACAUUCACCCCAGUCUGAGGUCCUGAGUGCACUGGAGCAAGUUUUCAUCAAGGAUAAUAAUAUAAUAAUAUAAUAACAUGCCAUUUAGCAGACACUUUUAUCCAAAGCGACUUACAGUCAUGCGUGCAUACAUUUUUGUGUAUGGGUGGUCCCGGGGAUCGAACCCACUACCCUGGCGUUAAAAGCGCCGUGCUCUACCAGCUGAGCUACAGAGGACCUCUCUCUACAGAGGAUCUCUCUGUACUUUGCUCCGUUCAUCUUUCCCUCGAUUCUGACUAGGCUCCCAGUCCCUGCCGCUGAAAAACAUCCCCAGAACAUGAUGCUGCCACCAUGCUUCACCGUAGCGAUGGUGCCAGGUUUCCUCCAGAUGUGACGCUUGGCCUUCAGGCCAAAGAGUUCAAUCUUGGUUUCCUCAGACCAGAUAAUCUUGUUUUUCAUGGUCUGAGAGUUCUUUAGGUGCCUUUUGGAAAACUCCAAGGGGGUUGUCAUGUGCCUUUUACUGAGGAGUGGCUUUCGUCUGGCCACUCUACCAUAAAGGCCUGAUUGGUGGAGUGCUGCAGAGAUGGUUGUCCUUCUGGAAUGUUCUCCCAUCUCCACAGAGGAACUCAUGAGCGCUGUCAGAGUGACCAUCGGGUUCUUGGUCACCUCCCUGACCAAGGCACUUCUCCCCCGAUUGCUCAGUUUGGCCAGGCGGCCAGCUCUAGGGAAGAGUCUUGGUGGUUCCAAACUUCUUCCAUUUAAGUAUGAUGGAGGCCACUGAGUUCUUGGGGAGCUUCAAUACUGUAGAAUGUUAUGGUACCAUUCCCCAGAACUGUGCCUCGACACAAUCCUGUCUCGGAGCUCUAUGGACAAUUCCUUCGACCUCAUGGCUUUGUUUUUGCUCUAACAUGAACUGUCAACUGUGGGAACUUAUAUAGACAGGUGUGUGCCUUUCCAAAUCAUGUCCAAUCAAUCGAAUUUACCACAGGUGGACUCCAAUCAAGUUGUAGAAACAUCUCAAGGAUGCACCUGAGCUCAAUUUCAAGUAUCUUAGCAAAGGGUCUGAAUACUUAUGUAAAUAAGGUAUUUCUGUUUUUGUGUUUUAUAAAUUUGCAAAAAAUUCUUAAAACCUGUUUUCACUUUUUCAUUAUGGGGUAUUGCGUGUAGAUUGCUGAGGGUUUUUAUUUCUUUAAUCCAUUUUAGAAUAAGGAUUUAAUGUAACAAUGUGGAAAAAGUCAAGGGGUCUGAAUACUUUCCGAAAGCACUGUAAUCUUAUUUUUUAAUGAUCUGAAAGGCAAAACUGAUCCUAGAUCAGCACUGUCUGCCCCACCCACCUCUGAACCCUCACAUGAUUUACACUGUAAUCCCCCCCACAAUGACAUCAUCCCUCCUCCACUCCACCUUGCUUGGACACAAGUCCAAACCCUGGCCCUCUUAACCCAAACUCAGUGGAGUUCGAGGAGUGCAGUAGGUCUGUGCUGCAUGCACUGACUGAGGAACUGACAGGGUCAACUUCUCCAUUACGUUGUAUGUCUGUGCAGUAUACAGUGAUGUCCAUUGUAUCUAUACAUGUUGAUGUGACCAUGUAAUUUUAUGUGUGUAUACUGUGUAUAUAGUAUACUGUGUUUUCAGUGUUGAUGGACGACUGUUUCUUUAUGUGUUAAUGUAUGUGACAUAAUAGUGUUUGAUUAUGUGUCUAAAAUUGCAGAAGGUCUUAUCGUUGCUUGUUGCUGUGAAUGUGCUUUUACAGUACAUGCCAACCUAUUGGCCAUGAUUCAGCAAGUGUUUGACGUUUUCUAUAUUGUAGUUACAGUGAACAACUCAGUAUGAACUAAAGGAAGAUGGACAGUCUGUAAGGAGGAGGUUAUUGCAGCUCUUACUAAUAUGAUUAUGCAGACGUGAUGGAGAGCUGUGAAAUUAUAAUCACACUCACCUUAUUGCUGCAAGCAUGUGUGCUGCUGACCAUGGUACGCACUGGCUAACACUCAAAUUCUCUAGUUAGCCUCCCACCUACAUUACAUACAGAUAGAGAGAGGCAGCCUGCCUGAACCCUCCUACUGUCAAAGACAUCCAGUACUUCUAGAUCUAGUCUGAUGCUCUGUCCCUUUGUCUCUCCCCUCCAGGUGAGAAAGUCAUGUCGGAUGAUGAGUUUACCUGUGAUCUGUUCCGCAUGUUGCAGCUGCUCUGUGAGGGCCACAAUAACGGUGAGAAGAAUAUUAUCCAAUGGUGUUCUAUUUAGGGAAUGAUGGAUUUGUCUGUGGGGGCACAGCAACACUUGAAUCAUGACUUGCUGUAAUGCUAGUCAAAUGUUGGCAGUCUAUUUGAGUGGACUCUGUUUUUACUCCAGAUUUCCAGAACUACUUGCGAACACAGACCGGCAGCACCACCACUAUCAACAUCAUCAUCUGCACUGUGGAUUACCUCCUCCGACUGCAGGUACUGGGACUCUGACUAUUAACACAUACCUGUUAAAGAGGUGUCCUGUUAUCCCUUUUCUAUACCCUGAUGAAGACAGCUUGUCUGUCCAAACGUUGGUUAUUAGGAUAUUAAAUUAUUGCAUCUGAGCUCCUAGAGUGUGCGGCUUUCCAUUUCUUUUUCAACUGUUAUCCCUUUCACCAUGAAUUUUAUAAAGCCCUUUUUACGUCAGCAGUUGUCAUAAAGUGCUAUACAGAUACCCAGCCUUACACUACAAAGAGCAAGAAAUGCAGAUGCAGAAGCAAGGUGGCUAGGAAAAAUAUUUCUCUAUCUCGCUCUCUCUAAAGGAGUCAAUCAGUGAUUUCUACUGGUAUUACUCUGGUAAAGAGAUCAUCGAUGAGCCAGGCAAGAAGAACUUCUCCAAGGCCAUGAUAGUGGCUAAACAGAUCUUCAACAGUCUGACUGAGUACAUCCAGGUGAGUAUAAACCCAUUCAUCUGUACAGCAUGUAGAUGACUGGAUGUUACUGGGUAUGUAUGUGACCGUAUGUACCUGGUGGUCUCCCCUCAGGGUCCAUGUACAGGCAAUCAGCAGUCCCUGACCCACAGCAGGCUGUGGGAUGCAGUGGUAGGCUUCCUCCACGUCUUUGCCCACAUGAUGAUGAAGCUGGCACAG